GCAAUGCCAGGAAGCGAUCAAUGAAUACCCCAUGGUGGAACUCAUCGAGCCACGGCGUAUAGUCCCUGCCGACCAUAUCGAUCCCAACGAACCCAACCAGCCCUCACACAAACAUCCCAUUUUCCAACCGCAGUUUCCUCGAGACUCUCAAACCGCCUAAUAAUCGAUCCGAACAUGUCCAUCGAUGGACGAAGCAUCCGCCCUACCUUCGGAGCAGUAGCGGACAAAACCGCCCGAGCCAGCCAGCCAGACAAUCGCCUCAUCUCCGACAAAGGGUUACGAGUUCCGAAUGCACCGUGACGGCACGGCAUGGGCCACGACUCGUGUGAUAACCAGCCGGGAAAAAAAAGUAAUAAAGUGACAAGAAUCCUCCGAGAUGGCCUCCCCCGGGCCGCAUUGGUGAGCCGCCUGGAUGAAUGGCAAGCUAGCUGGUCGAGUUUGCAAUCCGCAUUGCAGAACGCGCGCUGAAAACGCUUCUCCAUGCGGGCUCCCGUGGCCUGACAGGCACGCAAGCAACGGGCAGUAAUGCAAUCUCGAUGUUUUGCUUGUUCUGGCCUCGUGUGCAGACCGGAUGGGCGCUUCCAACGGCCCCUGAGUGCGUGGAUUCAAUUAGCCGAGUAUCGAUAGUCAACAGGGCUAGUUAUAGUCGCCCAGCCAUGGUCGUUGUGCGACCGGAUGACUACUAUCAUGACGACUGCUCUCAACCGCAGCCAUGUCUACUCCCAUCUCGUCCGAAAGGUCCCAGAUCUAUAUAUGUACAAUGCAAAGUAUGUAUGGGGAGACUUAGAUCGGGUUGUGGGGACCACAGCGGAGCUCAAGUGGAGUGAAUUGGGAGGAUGAUGGGUCCAUUUUGAGCAAGAGGUGGGUCGUGAAGUUGUCAGCUUGAUCGAGUCCUCCGUGACGUCUUCGUUUCCUUGAGAGAAGAAGCCCAGGUAGAAAAAGGGCCAUUGUGCGGGCCACAUUCCUGCGACGGUCGGAAGGCAGGAGGGAGGCCCAAAACCCUGACGGAACACGUCAAAUCAACAUCGCGUCAGGAAGAGCCGAUUCGUCGUCAAGAAAGUGAACAUGAGCUAGGAGUUGACUAGCGAAUGGCGAAAUCUCUCAGGUCCAAUCAUUGCAUCAGUUCUAAUCGGAGCCUUGUCCGAAGCUUCGACCGCUAGUGUACGGUCGGAGUUCAGCAUUGAAUCAGCAUUGAAGUACGCCGAGGAAGAGAGGACUGUCAUUGUUCUCGAACGCCCAACGCCGCGACCAAGCAAAAACGGGGUCAGUCGUGAUUGCCCGCCCAUGGCCCAGUCAACGCUAACUUACGUUGUUAGCGCGGGGAAACUUGAAAUCUGCCGUCAGCCCCAACGAGUCAAGCAAAUCAGGAGGGUCCCAGGCAUUGCGGCUUUGCUGGCGUUGCGACCCUGGGCCCAACGCGAUAAGCUGGCAUUUAUGCCGAACUCCGAGGCCAAGGCAGCUAAAUAAUCGCCCUCCCAAUUUCCACCAUCUGAGAUCUUAGAAGUCUCUUAAUUCAAGGCGCGUGCCUGCUGUUAGAAAGAGCAUAGUUGCACAGCGACCCUUUCAUACAGCCAAAAUGGUCGCCGACGAGACGCAGCCCCUGCUCGCCGGCGCGUCAGAGGCGCCAAUCCCUCAUCGCUCGAAUUCGAAGAAACUCACAAUCCUGCUCAUGUGCGGUAUCUUUGUCCUGGCCGCCGAUUUUGGCGCCGACAUGUCGCUCGCCCCGCAGGCUGCGAUUUUCGAGCAGAUCAUCUGUCGUAACCAGGGACUUUUGUCGAGCGGAGGGGGUACGCCAUCAAGUGGUAUUCUACCAGUCAAUGGCAGCGAUCCAUGCAAAUCGGAAGCUGUGCAAGCCGAAUUGGCGCUGGUGUUAGGCUACAAGGAUAUGUUCGAAGUGCUACCGAGUAUCCUAUUGUCUUUACCCUACGGCGUGUUGUCGGAUCAUUGGGGGCGCAAGCCGGUCAUCUACCUGGGCAUUGUGGGGAUGCUGCUGGGGGAGAUAUGGAUCCGCCUGGUGGCGCUGUGGUCGAAUGUGCUCCCCCUUCGGCUGGUCUGGUUGACAGGACUGUUCAGGAUCAUUGGAGGUGGAGACCAAGUGGUCGUAUCAAUUGCGUUGGUCAUGGUUGCAGACAUCUUUUCCGAAGAGGAACGAUCUACGGCGCUCUUUCGUCUUCAAUCCUGUGUGAUCCUGGCCGAUAUCCUAGCCACUCCUAUUAGCGCCUGGAUGAUGCAAUACGACAUUUGGCUUCCAUAUAUCCUGGGUACAGUCAUCAUAAUUGUGGGGAGUGCUCCGAUAUUAUUUCUCCCAGAGACUCUGGAAGAAGCCAAGGCAAAGAAGGCCAAAUACCGUCGUGAAGCAGGUCUAGAUGCGGCGGAAACCGACAACACUGACGGACGGAUCGAGCCAUCUGUCAAACGACCAGUACUGCAAGAGGUUAUCCACCAAGUCCGCGAAUUCAAAGACUCGACGCAGUUUAUCUGGCGUAAUUACAGUGUCUGUCUGGUGAUUCUAUGCUUGUUGGUCACGGUCAUUAGUCGGCAGUCCUCGAAUGUGCUCCUCCAAUUUACUUCGAAGAAAUUCAACUGGACCCUUGCUAGGGCCAGUCUUUUGAUUUCACUACGUGGAAUAUUCAACCUCGUCAACUAUCUCGUCGUCAUGCCAGCACUGUCCUUCGUCGCAGCCAAGUAUCUCAACUUGCAUGGAAAACAUCGCGAUCAUCGUCUGAGCCAAGGCAGCGGACUGGUCUCGAUUAUCGGCUUCUUUGUUAUGGGCUUCGCACCCGUUCCAGCCCUGCUAAUUUGUGGGCUGGUUAUCCUCUCCCUGGGCUCUGCGUUCCUCAUCACUGCGCGCAGUCUGGCAACAGGUCUUGUGCCUCCAGACCAAGUCGGCACGCUUUAUUCGGCUAUUGCCAUCUCUCAAUCCCUCGGCAUCCUAAUAGCCGGCCCAUUAUUUGCCUACCUUUUCCGAAUCGGCUUACAUUUCGGCGGUGCUUGGAUGGGGCUUCCCUUCUUGCAGGCCGGGCUCUUCUACGUGAUUGCUACGGUCGCCAUGUGGUGCAUCCGAGUGCCUCGAGCAACGCAAGAUGAAAACGAAGCAGAGCCAUUAUUAUCAGAAUAGAGUAUUGCUUUGUGACCCAAUACGAGGCCCUUCAAAGCCUGGA